AUGGAUCAAUCCGCCUCCCGUCCGUUUGACCUGCGGGUCGUCACGGCCUCAGACCUCCAGGGACUUCUUCAGGAUGGCAAAACCACGAGCGUCGAGCUGGUCGAGCUGCAUUUGAAGCAAAUCGAGACCUACAACGGAUACCUCCACGCCGUCAUCAGCACAGCACCAAAGGCAUCCCUGCUCAAAGCGGCUGAGAAGCUCGACCAGGAGCGAAAGGAAGGAAAGGUUCGGUCGCCAAUCCAUGGAAUUCCAGUGCUUGUCAAGGACAAUAUUGCGACGAGUCCUUCUUUGGGAAUGGAUACCACCGCAGGCUCUUUUGCCUUGAAAGGCUCUCGCCCGAGGAAGAGUGCUGACCUCAUCGAGAAGUUGACCGAAGCUGGCGCAAUCAUCUUGGGCAAAGCCAAUCUCUCAGAGCUUUCUUACUUCAAGGCCGAAGACCAAAUCUGCGGCUGGUCAGCCGUUGGGGGCCAGAGCCAGUCUGCCUACGUCCGAGGCGGCUUGCAGGAGGACGACACGCCUGGUGGUCACAGUAAUCCCGGAGGCUCCUCCUCAGGCCCUGCCAUUGCAGUCAGUGCCGGCUUGGCUCCAGUGUCGAUCGGCACCGAAACGGCGGCAUCAUUGAUUUCACCGGCCUCGAAGGCGGGCCUCUACACAAUCAAGCCAACAAUUGGUCUGAUAUCUCAACAGGGAAUCGUCCCGAUAUCAUCUCUCGCGGAUUCGGCUGGCCCAAUGACAAAGAGCGUUUUAGACCAGGCCAAUCUCCUGGAUAUCCUCGUUGACCCAACCAAGACAUCAAUUCCCCAGGGUGGCUACAAGACGGCCUUGACGGGCUCGUGGGCCGAUUUGAAGAUUGGAGUUCUUGACCCGGCUGAUUGGGGCACUUCAGACUCAUGGACCAAGCCAGACCCAGGCGCAACCAAACAAAUGAACGAAGCCUUCGAGAAUGCGUACGCUACCAUUGAAUCCCAAGCGAAAGCAUUCCACAAAUUCGUUCCACUGCCACUCCCGAGUGUCUUGAAGAUCGACGGAGAGCUUGCGCACAGGAAGCUUUUCACUGGUUAUUUCAAGAGGGACUUCGAGGCCUAUCUCGCUGAUCUGGACUUUUCACCGGUCAAAUCCCUCGAGGAACUGGUGCAGUACAAUCGAGAACAUGCGGACCAGGAACUUCCACCACGCUAUCCUUCGCAGGAUCGCCUCGAGGGGGCCCUGGCAGACAAGUCUACCCCCGAGGAGCUCGAUGCGGCACUCAAACACGCCAGACAAGUCACGAGAAACGAGGGAAUCGACAAGAUCAUGAAGGAGUACGACAUUGAUGCCAUUAUUGGACCGGCGGAGAGUGCCAUGCCUACAAUUGCUUGCGCAAGCGGCUACCCGAUUGCCGCAAUGCCGUUGGGUUAUCUCAAGUUCAACGGACGGCCCUUCGGAAUGGCUGCCAUUGCCGCAGGACACCAAGAGGCAACACUUGUCAAAGUACAGAGCGCGUGGGAGGCUACGUUUCCCUCUAGGCAACCGCCCCCUUAUGAGGUCUUUGGAGGCAAAGGUCCUUCAGCUUGGUCCUCGGUUGCGCAAUGGCUGUUUCGGAAGGCGGUGCGGAUCUGUCGUAAGCGUCAUGGACUUGCGACGUGUUUCGCAAAGGACAACGGCAGCCUUUUGCGGAGUCUCACUUGGUCUACAAAAAAGGCACCAGUGACGUCCUUGUGUCUCACGGAGUCUCCCACUGUGUGCCACCGAGUAGUUUACGGUGGUGGUCAGAGGGUUCGAUGUAGAGCACUGCAGCAGUACUACGGUAACAUGCUCAUGCACAAGCUCCCGGGAUUGGCGGACCUCGGGAAGAACUUAUUGAAUAGACGCACGCCCCCACCCACUCAUGUCUCACCGAUACGCCACUUGCCCAUCUUUUCGUUGGCCCUGAUGUCAGCUAGGGAGAACAUUUUCUCCAAACAAUGGGAAGGCUCGGUGAGCAGCUGCCGAGAAAACUUGGAACCGGAUGAUUUGCGUCAAGUCAGCUUCUACGGUACAUGGAACGAUGUGGAGAGGCAGAUUUGCACCCACCAGGAAUUCGCCAUGCUGGCACCCGGGUUGCUUCAUCUCAAAGCCUUUCUCGAGUUCCUCGCUGAUAAGUUCGAGCCGAAUCUUGACACCUCGGUCGUCUGGGGAAUGAUUGUGCUCAUCAACAAGCUGGCACGAGAAGAGGAGGGGAACAUCCCCCGGAUUCCACGGAUGCUGCGAGAUCUCUGUCAUAGACUGGAGGUUCUCAAUAAUUACGGCAGUCGACAAUUAUCAGGACUUGCUUCUCAAAUGAAAGAGGCUGCCCUGGAGAUUGCGGUCUCAUUAUUGUCUUUCUUCUCACACAUUGUGAAAUUCAUGCGCAGUGACUUCAAUUUCGCAUAUUCCGUUUCUGGACCGGGGCCGAAUGACGAGCUCGCAUGGCGCCCGCUGGAAAAGCAAUACAGCUCGAUCCUGAACGAAAUUGAUGAUGCUGUAUCCCGAAUCAAGGACCUGUCAGAGCUCACGACCAGGACAGAGCGACACAAAUCAGAGUCCGGGUCCGUAUUCAACAUGCAACCGGCAAUUCAGUCACUUCCAACACAGACCGUCUCUUUACCAUUGCCUAUAGAUGAAACUGCCAAGCUUCCAUGCAUCAUUCACCCACCGAGAUUGAAUCGAUUCUUUGAUCGAACAGAUGUCGUCCUCCAAAUUACUGAAUACUUCAGCAAAGUCGACUGGGAGUCAUCUUUCCGAUCCUUUGCUCUAUACGGCCUCGGAGGAGUUGGUAAGAGCUCCAUAGCUUUGAGAUACGCUGAGACACUAGUUCAGAGGGGAGAAUUGGACGCCUUGUUCUGGGUCCAUAGUGAGAAGCCCGUGACCAUUAGCCAAAGCUUCACUGAUAUUGCCUUGCGGCUCAGACUACCGGAUGCUCGCAUCAAGGACCAUGAUGAAAAUCGUGCUAUAGUACUAAGCUGGCUUCAGCAAACUAAGUGUCGGUGGCUCAUAGUGUACGACAACGCGGAGUCCAUAGACCUUCUGUUGGACUAUUGGCCAGCGGCGAGCCGUGGUCAGGCUCUAAUAACCACUCGCAACCGGUCCUUUGCGUUCCACCCCGCAGACAGCGGGCUGGAGAUUAGCUCCUGGGAUGCUGAGACAGGAUCCAGAUUCCUUGCUCACCUCCUUUCGACAGACGUGGGCACUCAAUUGACUACGCAGGAGUCCAAGUCCGCCCAUGACCUCUCAGAAAAGCUAUCUGGGCAUGCUCUAGCUAUUUCUACCAUGGCUGGACUCAUCCACCGACGCGCUUGGUCGAUUAGUGAGUUUUUGAGUUUGUAUAACAAACAGCCAGAGAAGAUGCACGGUAUUUCCGGAAACAGUUCGAUCAAUGCCCUCUGGGACAUGUCUUUCCAAUCACUUGAUGAAAAGAGCUCGGCCAUUCUGGGCGUCCUGUGCUUCCUCUCUCCUGAUAAUAUUCCACAAUCUCUAUUUGAGAUCCAAUCCGCGGAGGUUCUUCCGUCAGAACUGAGCUUCUGUGCCGACCAAUUCGCGUUCUGGGAGACAAUUGAAAACCUGCUCACACUUGCACUGAUAAAGAGGGACAAGGAGACGAGAACAUUGUCUGUACACAGACUGGUACAGAUGUCUUUCAACUUCUUCCUCACACCCGAACAGCGGCAAACUUGUUUCAACAAUGCCACCAUACUAGUGGCAAACGCGUUCCCCCGGCGUGACACUGCUUCGGCACAGCUAUAUCUCAUGUGGGAACGAUGCGCAGCCAUACUGCAGCACGUGCUCAGCCUGAAGGAUUGCUUUCGUAAAGAACUGGCUGGUAAUCCGGCUUUUAAGGCACUCCAGGGCUACUAUUACCAGUCAACAAUGUUGAGUCUAACCGGCAGCAGGUACCUUCUUGAAAUCAACGCAUACUCGGAGUUGGAGGACUUAAUCCAGGUGAAUACGACGGCACUGGGAACUCUCUCAGAGGUGGACCGAACAAUCAACUUGCAAGGGUCACUCACGUCGCAUAGGGGACAGCUACUUGUGCGACUAGGAUCGCCUCAUGAGGGCGUGAACUGGCUAAGAAAGUCAUACAAGGUGCGAUCUCAGCUUAAGCCUCUGAACCUUAGGGAGUCAGCAUGGGCGGCCGAGAAUGCAGCAAACGGAAUUGCUACUAUCAAUGAAUUCCCGGAAGCCGUUCAAUGGCACGAAAAGGCCCGUGACCACUGGCUCGAAUGGUCAGAGAAGAACGGACAGCAGGGAACAUGGCCUGCCGUGUUGAAGAAAAGCAUGGGCACCACUCUGAUCUGGGCCGGCCAGCUUGAAAACGCUCGAAACGUCCUCAAUCAGGCGAUGGAGCAAAUUGAGACCACGGAGCCCUACAAUUGGGCCAUGGCUGCGUACACACACUUCGCUCUUGGCACUCUCGACCGCCGUGAUCGCUUAUACGAUUCUGCGGAAGCACAUUUCAUGGAAGCCCAGAAUCUGUGGACGAAAGGAGAUCAGUUGCGGACUGACCCGUUCAACGCGGCGUGCAUGUACAAAAUGGGAUGUGUUGCCUUGGACCAAUUCAAAGUCGAGGCUGCUGUCAAGCAUCUACGGGAUGCUAAGGUGGUGACAGAUAUGCGCAAAGGGAACAUGGUAGCGGAACACGCCAGAUGCAUCUUCAAGCUUUCGGAAGCCCUUCAACAGGAGCCAAGAGGAGAAGUAGAGGCUGCCAUGCUUCACGAAGAAGCAGAACGCUUGCUGCGUGCCCGCAAUCCGAUGGCCACCGGCCCUGCAUCGGAGGCCACCUACGACGACCUGGUGAACAUUUUGUGGCGGUAA